CCCUCUCUCUCUCUCUCUAUCAUUGACUACUUUUCUUCGCUCAAAACAAAAGUUUUAUAAGAAAGAAACUUAUAAAGCAGAAAUGGAGGAGGGUAAAUUAGCUCCAAUUAUAGAAGAUGCAUUAAUAGUGUACAAAGAAGAAGAUACUAAUCUUACAGUUCUCAAAACCUCUCUUUUCUUCACGGGAGAUGGAUUUGCUGCAUAUGACUGUAAAGGAGAAAUGGUGUUUCGAGUAGACACAUAUAAUCCGGACUCACGUGAUCAGGUCGAACUCGUUCUCAUGGAUGCUUCUGGUAAAUGCCUUCUCACUCUUCGGCGAAAGAGACCAAGUCUGCAUCAAAGGUGGGAAGGCUACUUAGGAGAAAAAAUGGGAGGGCAAAAGCCAAUAUUCAGUGUUCGAAGAUCCUCAAUGAUGGGAAGUUCAACUGUUACAGUAGAGGGUUACAACAAUAAUGCUGAAGAAGAGUUUGAGAUAGACGGGUCAUUUGCAGAGAGAAGUUGCACAUUCUUAAAUGCAGAUAAAGAAUCUGUUGCUGAAAUUCGACGUAAAGUGGACGCUAAUUGUGACAAUUUUAUGCUGGACAAAGACGUUUUCUCUUUAAGUAUCAAGCCUGGUUUCGAUGGUGCCUUUGCUAUGGGAUUGGUCCUUGUGCUUGAUCAAAUUCUUGCUGAUGAUUGUGUUAGUGAUGAGGACCCCAUUGCUGAUGAUCCCCUCCUUUCUUCUUGAUUUUUGUUCAUAGUUCAUCCAUUUGUUCUUCAAUGGUUUAUUUCAAAAGUACUUCUGCUCCGA